AUGUCUGAAGUGAUCACAAUAGUCAAGGGAAAAGGUAGUUUCCAACAGACACCUUUAUCUAAUGACAGCAGAUACGAAUCCGAUGAUGAAGAUGUCUAUAUGUCAGAUUCUGAAGCUCAACAAAAUAACGAGGAUUUAGCCAAAUCACAGAUCGUUACACCAGGUGAAUUGGUUACGGAUGACCCGAUAUGGAUGAGAGGUCAUGGUACCUACUUUCUUGAUAACAUGACUUAUUCCUCAGUGGCAGGUACCGUUUCUAGAGUCAAUAGAUUAUUAUCUGUGACUCCACUAAGAGGACGUUAUUCACCUGAAACUGGUGAUCACAUCGUGGGAAGAAUCGCAGAAGUCGGCAAUAAGAGAUGGAAAGUCGAUAUAGGUGGUAAACAGCAUGCUGUUUUAAUGCUUGGUUCUGUUAAUCUACCGGGUGGUAUCUUGAGGAGAAAAUCUGAAAGUGAUGAAUUACAAAUGAGAAGUUUUUUAAAAGAAGGUGAUCUAUUAAAUGCUGAAGUACAAUCCCUAUUUCAAGAUGGUAGUGCUUCUUUACAUACCAGAUCUUUGAAAUACGGUAAACUAAGAAACGGACUCUUCUGUCAAGUACCAAGUUCGCUAAUUGUUAGAUCCAAGAAUCAUACACAUAACCUUCCGGGAAAUGUUACCAUCGUACUCGGUGUAAAUGGGUACAUUUGGCUUAGAAAGACUUCUAAAAUGGAUUUGGCAAGAGAUUCGCCAAUGGCUGGUAGUAGUGGAAGUGCAAAUGGGCCAACCGGUGCUACAUCAUUAAAUCCUACACAAAAUGUGUCUAUAACAAGAUUAGAAGAAGAAUCUUCAUGGCAAAUAUAUUCCGAUGAAAAUGAUCCAGAUAUCAGCAAUAGUAUGAGACAAACAGUAACCCGUUAUGCUAAUGUAAUCAAGGCAUUGGCAUAUUGUGAAAUUGGAAUAACACAAGAACGUAUUAUUAGCGCAUAUGAGGCCAGUAUGGCUUAUCCAAAUAUUGGAUCAUUAAUUGAAAGAGAAAAUAUGGAAGCACUAGGUGCUGAUAUUAUAAAUGCAGAAAAGAUGAGAGGAAACGGAGUCUAA